AUGCCUUUUCGGACGACGAAGACGGUCAGCGAAAUUCGCCUGGGCUUGUCGUCCGUUGUCAUUCAUUCUGGCCGUGAUGCAUCCGACGAGAAUGCACCUUUCAACUAUAGGCUAACGCAAAAACGUGACGCGCCGUGUGGUCUGCGUCGUAGUCGGAACGGUAAUGCGGCAGACCAGGCGUCUGGCAGAGAGGUUCAGCAGCCGCGACGCUGA